GGUUUUUCAAGAAGGGUUUCGUGUAACCCGCAUCAAAUCACUUCUGCAAUUAUCAUAAUUUCAUCUCGUCUCAUUUGUCUUCAUUCUCUGCACGAAAACAUACAACUUCCAUCUUAUACUGACCUUUCAAUUUCAAUUCUCAUGCUCCGGGUUUCAAUCUGUGUGAUUAAUAUCUACCACCGCUGCAAUGAACGCUCAACAGGAACUGGAGAGAGCUGGAAUUCUCGGUGCUACCAUGGCACCUGGAAAUUCUGUGACUGUGAUUCAUCGGCAACAGGUAUCGCCCGCACUUUUCAAUCGCAUCAAAAAUCUCGAAAUGGCCAACGUCGGAGCGAAGACAAGACGCGUGGAGCAAGAAAAGAAGCUUUCAUCUCAAACAAGCAGAAUACAAAGUCUGGAAAGCCGCUUGUGGAAUCGGGAACAACAACUUGAUAGUCAAGCCAUAGAGAUUAAAACUCUUCAGACGGAGAUUGCAGACCUCAGGACAUUCCGAGAGGCUGAUAUGGUCACGAUCAAGCGUCAUGAAUUUUUAAUCAAGCAUCACGGCGACUUUCUUAAGGAUCGAGUUCACAAGCAGUUGAAAUAUUUCAAAGAAAGCUUGAAGUCGGAGAUGAUCAAAAGCAAUGACCAAGAACGCAAGUUGGACGACAAGUUAGCUUUAUAUCAAUCUAUGUUGAUGGAAAACCAGAAGCGCGAACUGCGCGAGGAGCUUGCAUUACAUGAGGCAAACCUAAUUCAGAAAGCUAAGCAGAUGAUUUUGACUGAAUUGUUGGGUCUAGAGACUCGACCUGAUGGAGAUAUUGGCCGCAAGCCUGAUCUUCAAAUUGUAUGUUCUUCCAAUAUUCAUGGAGUUUAUGGCCCAAUUCAAGUCACAAAAUCCAUAUUCAAGACGAAUAUGAUCAAACACUAAAUUUUGGACGUCUUGAUAGAAAAUGGAACCUUGAGUGGACUAGAUUUCGACAAAUGAGGACCUGUAUUCAUACGCACUGAUUUUGAUGCAGCAAAUAUCACGAAUGCCGUGUGCCACAUUACUGGACCAGGGUUAGAAACCAGUUGUCUUAACGUCUUGUCUCUUUAUAGGAGAAAGAGCUCACAUUAAUGGAUCAGUAUCUACUCUUAGCUUUGGAGUAUAGAUGGAAACAUGUGGUGGUAGGUAGUUAUAAUAUUCCAGAAGAAGAUUUGCAAAAGUUUGGAAGACUAGGAGCUCAAGAUGUAUAUUAAAGACCUCAAAGUUUGCUUUUUCUCUGAUAUUCUUUGUGAAUAUCAUUGUCAGAUCCACACUACAAUGUUAAAUGUUCCA